AUGAAGAUGGGACACGCUGCGACCUUACCCUGCAGAAAAGGUGGUACGUAUGUCACUGAGCUUCAUGAAUGGUUCAGGAAAUUUCUGAAUGAGUGUCCCAGUGGACAGAUCACCCUCCAUGAGUUCAGGCGUCACUUCUGCAAUGGCACUGUGGGAAAAGAGUCGGCGGAGUACGCGGAGCAGAUAUUCCGCACGCUGGAUAACAAUGAGGAUGGGGUUGUGGACUUCAGAGAGUAUGUGACAGCUAUCAGUAUGCUUAUUGAGGGCUCAACAGUGGAAAAGCUUCGCUGGUCCUUUAAACUCUAUGACAAAGACAAAGAUGGAGCCAUAACACGGUCAGAGAUGCUUGAAAUCAUGCAGGCUGUGUACAAAAUGAGUGUAGCAGCAUCAUUGACCAAACCUGAUCCAUUGACUGCUGAAGAGUGCACUAAUAGGAUAUUUCAACGGCUGGACAAAGAUAACAAUGCUGUAAUCAGUCAAGAGGAAUUCAUUGAAGGGGCAUUGAAUGACGAAUGGAUCAGAGAAAUGCUGGAGUGUGAUCCAAACACAGUGAAGAUGGAGAGGCCUCUAAAAGGGCACACAGUUCUCUAAAGCAGGGGUUUGCCAACAUAGGAAAAACAAAAAAGUUUCUUUUUUUUUAUUGAUUAGUUUUAUUUUUAUUGUCAUUUUAUUAAUGACAUGUAAGUUUCAUUGCAAAAUAAUUUAUGAUAUAUCAUAUCAAAUCAUGGUCACUGCCAGAGAUAAAAACAUAAAUUGUCAAUUUACUGUAUUUUCACU